UGACGAGAAAAAAAUUAGUCUCCGUAACUACGUGCGAGCAAAACAAAAAAAUAAAGUAGAUAUGUAAAUUUUGUCCGAUCCGUCAAAAUUCACAGUGGAGUCAAAAUUAAACGUGAAGUGUGUAUAAAUUUGUUGUGUUGUCUCACUUUGUUUACGAAAAAAUGUGGGAACAAAUUUCUUGUCAAGAUUACGCCAAGUGUGGAGGCUUCGAGGACCACGUAUGUCCGGACAACACCGUGUUCCUCCUACCACCACCUCCCCCGAAUCUCAUGAGCUCCGAGGCCAGCGGAGAACCGAUACAGACACAGAGCGGGAAUGGGACCUUCACAUACCUGGAACAAUCCUGGUGUCUCGUUCCAUCAUUGGCAGCGUUAAAUUCAGUUGCGUCGACAACAAAUCUUCGAAGGGUGUUGGGAACUCUUCUCCGUCUGCAAAGCAUUCAACCCGCAAGAUAUUCCCCAACAGCCUGCCAUAAGGCUCGAUCCGCCGAUAAGGUCCUAGUUGAUCUAACUACCUCUUCGCGUUCACCCAUGAACAAUAACAACAACAAUAUAAAUAGCAACAAUAACAACGGUGUAUUAAAUGGAACCACUAGUCCGAAUACGACGGAACCGGACCAGCCCGACCCUGACAAUAUUAAAAUGUUCGUGGGGCAGGUGCCACGCUCGAUGGAUGAAAACGAUUUACGGCAACUUUUCGAACAAUACGGUCGCGUCCACUCCAUUAAUGUCCUUAGGGACAAAACGACAGGGAUCAGCAAAGGUUGCUGUUUCGUCACGUUUUACACGCGUAAGGCGGCUCUGCAGGCUCAGGAUGCCUUACACAACGUGAAAACACUGGUUGGGAUGCACCAUCCCAUACAAAUGAAACCGGCAGAUAGCGAGAAUAGGAACGAGAGAAAACUGUUUGUGGGAAUGCUUAGCAAGAAGCUGUGUGAAAAUGAUGUGCGCGCGAUGUUCAGUAGCCACGGUACAAUCGAAGAGUGUACUGUGUUAAGGGACCAGAACGGUCAAUCAAAGGGCUGUGCAUUUGUCACUUUCUCUAGUAAACAGUACGCGCUAAGUGCCAUCAAAGCUCUGCACCACUCGCAGACAAUGGAAGGCUGUUCCGCGCCCUUAGUCGUCAAGUUCGCGGACACUCAAAAAGAGAAAGAACUGAAACGGCAACAGCAAAUGCAGGCCAACGUUUGGAACGCGUUACAGGCUACAGCGGCCGCAUCGCCCGCAGCUGCAGCGGCUGCGGCCCUUCAGCCGCAGUUGCAACAGCAGUACAACGCGGCGGCCGCAGCUGCAAUGCUGCCGAGCGACGCAGCUUCGAUUCAACUGCUGCAAGCGAUGGGCGGUGCAGCAGCAAACGGCUUGUUGCAACAGCAGUUAAUUACGGGAACAGAAAACAUAUUGGCCCCUAUAGGGGUUCAGAACUUGGUGACGCUCGCGGCUAUGUCACAGGUCGGUGCCGGUUCGCCUCUUUGUGCUCCUGGUGCCGGGAUACUAAGUGGAAAGGGUAUCGGUGCAGAUGGAAGAGGACUGACGGCGCCUACAUUGGCACCUAGUCUUGGACCCGCUGCUGACCUUACCGCCUAUGGUACGUUAAUCAACAAUGCAGCUCUUACUGCUGCAGCCGUUGCGGCCGCAGGAAAACAAGUGGAGGGUCCCGAAGGUUGCAAUUUGUUCAUCUAUCACCUGCCGCAAGAGUUCACGGACACAGACCUGGCGUCGACAUUCCUGCCCUUCGGUCCCGUCAUAUCGGCAAAAGUGUUCAUAGAUAAGCAGACUCAUUUGUCGAAGUGCUUUGGUUUCGUAUCCUUUGACAAUGCGGCAUCGGCCCAAGCGGCUAUAUCUGCCAUGAACGGGUUCCAAAUAGGCACCAAAAGACUCAAGGUGCAAUUGAAACGCGCCAAAGAGGCUUCGAAGCCAUACUGAUGACCAAAGACGAGAAUACGACGCUGGACGACCCCGCGCGGCACAGCCUUCUUGACGACAAGAACAAUAGCGAUAAUAAGUAUAAUGAUAAAGCACGAAUCACGGAGCCUGCGAUGAGACACGAGGCCAGUGGCGUCCGCGCGGGCCCCUCUCAGGAUCAACUAGCUACUAAUCGUAUGAACUGUGAAAUAUUUUUUAAUAUCAAAAAACGCAACCGGCCUUAGCGCCGUAACCUCUCUCUCUCUCUCUCCCCCCUUGUAAAUUAAUAAUGACGAUGUCAAGAAGAGGAUGUUCGGGUAACAAUUAAGUGUUAUUAUGUUUGGAUUAUUAUGUUUGUUUGGUUCAGUAGAUUAUGUAAAUUCUGUGUUUGGUGGCGUGAGCGCGCAACAUCCUCUGUUGUUCAGUUUCUCCGUCUAGGCCAUAUGUAAAUGUUGAGUGAUAAUGUUUUAGUUUCAGUCUACUAUUUACUACUAUAUUACCAAUGAUGAUCAUGAUGAUUUAUAUAUCUACAGCAUGAUGAUGUAUUGAAUUGUACCUUGAUUUCUAUUAUUAAAUUAUACCAAAGUUACACCAAAAAAAUACACAUGGCUGGAAUGA